AUGACUCUUAUUAAUAGAAUUUAUGUUUUAUUUGGAGAAAAGUUGAAGAUUAAUUAUGUAAAUAUAAAAAAGAAAAAGAAAAAAUUUCUUAGUGAUUAUAGUUGUAGAAAAAAGGGAAACUGCAAAUAUGGUACGAGUACAGUUCACGCUUUAUAUUUUAUAUGGUUUGUUUUGGGAACCUUAUAUGUAUUUUUGUCUAUAUUUGAUAAGGAUGGAAUGAAAAACGUAUCAGAUUUAGUUAUUAUUCAAAGAUACAAUCGAUGCUUAGCCGAGUUUGAGAGUGUUCGUAAUAUAUUUAAUUGGAACGUGUUUACACAUGUUUUUGAAAAAAUGAAAAACAUAGAUAUAUUAUUCGAAGAUGAUGAGGAAGAUACUUAUAAAAAUGAAAAAACUAUACUUUCAAAAAUCAAUGUAAAAGAGAAAUGGAAUAAAUAUAGGCCUCGUUCUAAUAAAAUAAAAAGAGCGUUAACUAAAAUUGAACUGAAGGAUAAUUUAAAUCGUUUUAUAAAAUGUUUAAAUAAAGAUAGAUUAGAAAUAGUUAAUGACUAUAAUUCUGACAGGAGUUAUGAUGAUAUCAUAAAUGAGGAAGAAAAUAAUAUAAACAAUUUAAAUUCUAAAUAUAUAUAUAAUUGGAAUUUAGGUAAAAAAUCCUUAUGCAAAAUGUUAGAAAAUGCAGAUAAUUAUUAUAUAAAUGGAGUUAAAUAUUCUGAUUGGAAAUUAACUUCUAUACCUACACAUGGUUAUAAUAAAGAAGGUGGUAGGGUUCAAGAAAUGUUCAAAACAUUUGUAUCUUCUAAAGAAGGUGAUGGUAGUGAUAGAGUAGGAUUAUUUAUUAAGAAAAUUCCUGUACAUAUAUGGGUAAAACAAUUUGAAUUAAUGAAUGCAUAUAAUGGAGAAUAUGUAUUAUGUGGAGAAAACUAUGUUAUGGAAGCUACUACAUUAGCAUUUUUAAAUGAAUAUUAUCCUGGUAUAACACCUAAAUUAUAUAAAAUAUUAUAUGAACCUGAAAAAAAAGAAUAUGAUAUUGAACAGAACACACCCGAUUGUAUGUUUCGUGAUUUAAAUGUAUUUAAUGAUAUUUUAAGUGCUAGAUUAAAAUGUAAUAUGAAUGGUUAUAUUGUCAUUAUAUCCGAAUUAUUUGGAGAAGAUAUUUAUACAUAUUUAAGAAAACAAAAAAAAAAGAAUAUUUUUGCAUUACAUAGUUAUAUGAAAAGAAAAAAAAUUCUUUUUGAAUGUUUAAAUGUUUUAAGAAAAUUACAUGAUGCAGGUUUAUGUCAUCUCGAUAUUAGUCCACAAAAUAUUUUAAUGUCAUACAAUUUUGAAAUAAGAUUAUGUGAUCUAGCCAAAAGUACACCAAUAUACACUAAUAAUUUAAGACAUCUAAAAAAUAUGAAUGGAUUAUAUUUAUUUGAAUCAUGUGUACCUACUAUUGGGAAAAUCAGAUCUAUGCCUCCAGAAUGUUGGAAAAUAUCUAGAAAAUAUAUAAAAAUGAAAAUUUGUGAACCUUUAGAACAGUUAGCGCCAAUAACAAAUCUGGAAGAAAGAGCACCAUUCUAUUUUGAUGUAACAAGUGCUGAUAAAUUUAUGUUAGGUGUCUUAUUCAUUUGGAUUUGGAAUAAUGAUUAUUUGUGGAAACGUUCAGAUAUCGAACAAGAUAUAGAUUUCUUAAGAGUUUCUGAAUGUGACAUGAAUAUUGAUGUAUUUGAAUUAACAAGAACGUGGCCUUAUGAAUUGAAGAAAAUAAUUCAGAAAUUACUCCAAACCGAAGGAAGGAAGAAUUUAAAUUUACAUGAACUUUGUGCUCAUCCAUGGUGGUUUUCUAAAAUGUAA